UACACUACACUACGCAACGGUUGCUCGAAAUGAUCGGCAACAAAUCUACAUUACAGCUGAUAGGACUGGUGGUCCUGGUGGCGGUGAUCGACUGCACCGCGGCACAACUUAACCCGGACCCGUGUGCCGGAACAACAACACAGUCCUUCUUGCCACAUCCGACCAACUGUACGCUGUACAUCUCGUGCUAUGCAGGUGUGGGAUACGAGGUGUCGUGUCCUCCGGGCUAUUUCUUCAACGUCACCGCAACGCAGUGCGAUGUAAAGGAAGGCGAAGGGUGUCCGGCGAGCUGCCCACCAGAUGGUAUCGCUUUUCUUCCCGAUCCCGCGGGACGGUGUGAAUUUUACGUAAUUUGCAUCGGUGGUGUCGAAAUUCCGGAUCAAGAGUGUGCGGAAGGCCUGUACUUUGAUGCAACACUGGAAGAGUGCAACUUUCCCAAUGCUACCAACUGUAUUAACAAUCCGUGCAGCACGGAUCCAGCCGAGCCGCAGCCGGAAUAUCACCCGAGUGACACGGAUUGCACGCACUACAUCUUGUGUCUGGCUGGGGAACCGAUCGAGAGGACGUGCCCUCCGAACUUGCAUUUCGAUCCAGUUGAACUGAAGUGUGUUGUCGGCCCAUGCCCUGAUCCUAAUGCUCCUGUGGAUCCUCCACCUAUUUAAUCUAGAAGGCUGGCUAUGGAAAAAUGAUAAAUUCCACGGUAAGUUGGUCGGUUUGACGGUUUUCCAACUGGCGGAUAAAAUUCCUUCACGCAUACAGUUGUGUAGGGAAUGACCAUCAACCUGAUCAGCUGUCAGGAGUAUUUUGCGCAAUACUUUUCAUUCAC